AUGGCGGGCAUCAAAAGGAAAGCCCCGGAUGACGAUGGACCCGACGACCAGCCCAGCGCCGACCUUUUACCGCAAGACCCUCCCACCAGGAAACCCGAACGCGGAAAGCCCCACAGCCGACUCGGACCCCCGGCUCCGGGGGUGUCCGCGGAUGCGUAUUUUCGGCAGCUUUACGGAUCCGGUCCCGACUUUAGGUCACUAGCCCGGCGCGAUGCCCGCUUUGCUGCAGUGGCGCAGAGUAAUGGGCAGUUAGAUUUUAGUGACCCGGCGGCCACUAUGCAGUUGACCAAAACAUUGCUGAAGAUAGACUUCGGCCUGGAAAUUGAUCUUCCUGAUGACAGAUUGUGUCCUCCGGUCCCAAAUCGGCACAAUUAUAUAUUGUGGCUCAAAGAGUUGAUGGAUUCGACAUCAUAUGAGCAGCCCGGGAGAAAGCUAAUUGGGCUUGAUAUUGGGACGGGAGCCAGUUGUAUCUACCCAAUCCUCGGCACCGCCCAACGGCCAUGGCACUUCGUUGCAACUGAUAUUGACACCAAGAGCUUGGGAUAUGCGGAGAAAAAUGUCCGUCUUAAUAGACUAGAUGAACAGGUCCGGGUCUUGCAGCGGAAGCCGGCCGAUCCGCUAAUACCGCUUGAUGACGCCGGCGUGCAGUCCAUCGACUUCACCAUGAUGAACCCCCCGUUCUACACUUCUGAAGAUGACAUGCUUUCUUCGGCAAACAAGAAGUCAAGGCCGCCAAUGUCUGCAUGCACCGGCGCACCGGUUGAGAUGGUUUGCGAAGGUGGCGAGGUGGCCCAUGUUGGCCGGCUGCUACGUGAGUCGUUGGUUUUGCGAGAGAAAGUUCAAUGGUACACAUCGAUGGUCGGGAAGCUCAGCAGUCUCGAAACUCUCGUCGACCAGCUUGUUGAGAAAGGAAUACACAACUACGCCGUUACGGAAUUCGUACAGGGCAACAAAACACGACGGUGGGCGUUGGGAUGGAGCUUCACGGCUAUGCGGCCGGUGGAACAUGCGGCUCGCGGAAUGAAAGCAUUACUUUGGAAGAAGAUUUUACCACACCCGGUAACGGCGGAACUAUGUGUGUUACCGCCCGACAGGCCAGUUGAUGACGUUGUCACCCACAUAAGAGAUCACCACAAAUCCGAGAUGUCAGAUCCGUCCCGAGGGGCGGCGUCACGAUUCACGCCACAAAAUCAAACCACUCACGAACGCCUGUCGACGAACACAGUCGGGCUCGUCGCGCUCUCUGACUUUCGCAAGCGCCGAGCCGAGGUGCUCGAACAACAGGAGCGCGAGGCACGCGAAGCAGCAGCGACGGCCACGCGUCCGAAUGCCACCACCACCAACAAUUCGACUCCCGACCGAUCGCUCACUGCGACACCCAACAACAAUGCCAAUUCUAGCGCCGAUGAUGGGGAGGGAGACAAGUUGAAAAAGAGGAAAAGGCCGAGGAGAGCCAAAGCGCUCGUGUCGUUUGGGGAUGAUGAGGAAGAGGAGGAAGAAAGUGGGCCGCGGGUUAUUUCUGUGAAGGGGAAAAUGGCCAAGAAGGGCGGUGGGAAUGGUAACGACGAGAGCGUAACCCGUGAGGCUAGCGCCUCAGCCGAGGAUGAUAUGGACCAAGGCAAGACCAAGGGGGGGAAAGCGGCAGCAAAAUUUGGGGCAAACUCCUCGGUGGGAAUUGUCCCGCGAGCCCUGACAAAAGCUGCCCUCCGGAAGGAGGCCGCCGAGAGAGAAGCAUUGCGCAAAGAAUUCUUGUUGCUGCAGGCCGCUGUCAAGGCCACCGAGAUUGCCAUACCCUUUGUCUUUUACGACGGGACCAACAUCCCAGGUGGCGUGGUACGGGUCAAGAAGGGCGAUUUCGUCUGGCUGUUUCUGGAUAAGGGUCGCAAGGUCGGAGCACAGCUUCGAGUGGGUGCAGACAAAAGCGCCAACGCGCGCCGGGAUUGGGCCCGUGUCAGUGUGGACGAUUUAAUGUUGGUCAGGGGCAACAUGAUCAUCCCACAUCAUUAUGAGUUUUACUUUUUCAUCAUCAACAAGACGACGGGCCCUGGCGACAAGCUCCUCUUUGAGUACAGCAGCGAAGCGCCCACGACAACCAACUCAGCGGCUGGCGGUACCAGCACGGCAGGGCUCAGCCGUGCCCCUGCUCUCUCUGAACUCGAAGGGGCGUUGGAUGACCCGACUCUCACCAAGGUUGUGGACAGGCGGUGGUAUCAGCGCAACAAGCACAUCUACCCGGCCAACUUGUGGCAAAACUUCGACCCGGAAAAGGAUUAUUCCAAGGAUAUCCGGCGGGAUCCGGGCGGUAACGCCUUUUUCUUCUCGGGGUGA